AACUCAAAUGAACACUUUAUUUUAGAGCGGGCUGUUUAUAACUGUUUGCCGUGGUUCUUUGUAGGUUAUCACGUAUAAAUCAUCUUGUCUUCAGUUUACUGUCAAAAAUUACAUUACUGUGGUUUUGGUGAGGAACAUUUAACAUGUUUUUACCUUCACGGCUUGUACUAGUUAUUCCAUUUUAUUAAACAACUGUUAGAGGAAACCAAUAUUUCAUGACACGUAGUGUCUUGUCUCAAAAUUCUUAUACUACCACCCUCAGUAAUAGGUACUGGCUUUCAGUAAGCGGAUAUAACUCUGUCAUAUCGGUGAUCCACUGCUACUAGACACGGAAGCCCGUUAAGCGCUACCACGCUUGUUUCAUUAUCUCAUUGUUUUUGUCCAUUUACUUUAUAUAUGAUGUCAUACUAAAUUUUUUGAGCUCCAGCUCAGUAAGUCAGUCUGCUACAACGUAGGACCAGACACAUAUACAUCGGUCCUAGUUGUCAUACCUCGUUAGCACAACAAACUGAUGUCAAAUGUUUGAAUCUCUCCAUUUGUUUUUGGUAGCCGGGUAAUACUUCUAGCCUUUAAAUAAACUAAGUUUGUAAGCCAAGUACUAAAAAGUAUAUUUGGUAAUGUUGGCGUAUCUAUUUUCAGAGCAAAAUGCACUGCUGGUACCUACAUGUAUUUCGCUCCCAACAAACUACAUGAAAUCUGUUUCUCACAAAUCUCAUGUUAUCCAGAUUUUCACUGAAUCCAACGUAAAAGAAUAUCAGUGAACUUUAUUCAACUUUGUAAGCAUCGGGUAAAUUAUUAAGUAGUGCCUUAGCCUAUUAAUAUUUCCUAAUGGACGUAUAAAUAGUCUCUUAAAGUUUUGUCAACCGUAUAUGCAAACCCCUCCCAGCUUUACAUAGAUCGCUGUAGCUGCAGUUACCAAGUUCUGACUUCAUUAAUGUAGUUAAGGAUCAAGUCUUUCUUAUCAGAUAGGUUCGUUUAACUGAAUAAUAAAAAUCGUUCAUUUCUUCUCACUUAGUCGAUUAUUCCAGUGUUUGCAUGCGUUGUAUCGCUCAAUGUAUCUUUCUUAAUCAUUGAAUAAAGUUAUUCAGUAACUUUUGAAUGGCAAAUUGUUCUCUCAGUUAAAUUUAAAGGAUUUUUUUACUGACCCAAUCUACGGUUGACAAACUUCCCACCAAUCAUGGGAAGAGGAAACAUCCUGAUGUCAUUUGUUGAGGAUGUAUCUGUUAAAAAAUCAUUAAUUUUCAACUUAAGCUUUGUUGCUUUAGUAGGAUCCCAAUGCAGAACGUUACGAUUUAAUUUCUCUAAUUUACAAUAUUCCGAAUUAUUUAUUGACUCAGUUGUAAUAUUUUUACUCAUAGUUAAAAAGAUUCAUGGGGUUAAACUAUAUUAAUGGGAUCAUAUCCAGUAUGUACAUGCUCUGCAUAACUGGCAAAGUAGCUGCUUAAGUGUUUAACAGUCAUCUAACAUUCAGUCCAUAGAUUAGACUUUCAAAUAACGAAACUCUUUGUCCGACUUGUCUGUUACUUAUCUUCAUUUUCAAUGUGUUAUUAGAUAUACCAUUUAAUAAUUGAAAUUUUUUGAGUUGUUAUUUUCCCUGAGACUAUGUGAUUUUCAUCUUCGGUUUAUGUCUUGGUUUAGAUACUUACAAAUGAACUUUUUCAAUUGGCUCAGUGGGUGGAAAAAAGAUUCCAACGAUGAUAGUCAGUUAGACUUUUCGUUCCUAUUUCCUGCCACCAUUGGAGUAGGAUCAAUCGUCAUUUGUCUUGUUGCCCGCUACCGGAAUGAGUUAUUCGAUUUAAAAUCGACGGUGUUCCGAAAUACAAAGGAUGAGAAUGUUUCUUCACGUCGUGGCAACUCCUCUUCCAAUUUCAAGAAGAAACCAAAACAUUCCAACAAGUCUGAAUCAAAUACUCCUCAUAUUCGAAAAACGGAGGUUUCACAACCACUUGUAGUCGAGACACUAGCUCCAGUCGUACCAGUCCAACAAAAGGAAUACACAUCAGUUCAGCCUAUUCAAAUUAAACAAGAAACAGUUAGCGAGGCAACAGAUGGGAUUGAGGCUGAGUUUUUUAACCCCAUUCCAAAGAAGCAGAAAAAAUCUAAACGUUCAUCUAAAACGAAAGAUACACAAAACCAUGGUUUAAGUGAACAAACUGAAAUCGAUCCAGCAUGGGUUACGGUUACUUCAAAAAAGGUUAAACUUUCCAGCCGAAACACUCAGAAGAAGAAGAACGUGGAUAGUGAAGGAGAUCAAUCAGUGUCGGAAAAUCACUCACCCAUUUCUGUUGCUGAAUCACCGAUCCAAAAUAAACAAGCAAACAAUAAGCAACAAGAGCUAUCUACUAGCAAUAAAUCUAGCUCCUCCAUUGUAGAAAAUAAGUCUAUGAAUUUGGAAUUAAACACAGACCAAUCAUGUCCUACUAAGCGGUCGAAAGCUCCUGCUCAAACUCAAUCCACGAAAAUUGAACAUAAUGAGAAUACAAAGUUGGGUACCCUAAAUUCACAUAAUUCAACACCUUAUGAGGAGUUGUUGUACAAAAAUCUUGGUGCUGAAACAGUAACAGCCAUCCGAUCACUGAUUCUGAAUAGCGAAACCCAUACUUCACGUCCUUCCGAAAUCCCUCCAUGUGGUGAGGUAAAUAAAAAAAAAAUAUCGUCUGUGACUCCUGAAAGUACGGAUCAUCUACCCACAACAAGUGAACUCCUAUCGCAACAUAUGACAGCCCAACUACAAGCGAAAGAAGCUGAAUGUCAGGUUUUGCGUACUGAAGUUGUCCAUUUAAGAGAUGAAGUAAAAAUACUGAAAACUCUAGCUGUUAAUCGUGUAACUGUCCAAAAGCCCAUGACUGAUGCUGAAACAAUGACUGAUCCAAUUGAAUCACCGGAUAUUAAAUCCUCGUUUCCUCAACAAUCGACUGAUUCAGAUGCAAUUCUACUGUCGACUCUUCAAAAUGAAAUUGCCCGUUUAGUUAAAGAAGUAGUUAUCUAUCAACAACGUAGUGAAAAUUUGAAAAGUCGUCUGGAUACAGCCAAUAAGAAAUUAUCCGAUUCCAAAUCUAAAGCUGCUGAUGAAACUAAAUUAUUACAACAAACUGUAGAUACACAAUCAGAGAAAUUAUACAAUCUAGAGUCUGAGAAUAGUCGGUUAGAAAAAGAGUUAAAAGAUGUAUUACAGAAAGCUGAAAUUCAUCAUCGAAAAUCUGAGGAGGCUGACCACUUACUCACACAGCGUUUGGAGGAAUUAGAAGUACUCCGACUAGAUAACUCAUCUUUCAGGAGCAAAUGUGAAGCAUUAGAAAAUGGAAACUCUGCUCUUCGAGAAGAGAAAGACAUUCUAACACGCAAAUUCGACGAAUUAAGCAAUAAACAUUCCAGUGUUCUGUCCGAAUUGACUGCAUCUCAAUCACAAUGUAACGUACUUCGUAGACAAAUGACUGGAUAUGAUGAUCGUCUACGUCAAAUAAAUGAUCAACAUCAAAUUGUUGUAGAUGAUAUGAAGAAUCAGUUAACAUCAUUAUUAUGCAACCAUGAAACAAAGGAAAAAUCACAUAUCAAUAUGAUAAAUACAUUAGAAGCUAAACUAGAACAGUUAACUAAUGAAAAUAAUGAAUUAAAUAAGUUACUUAAACUAUGUGAAAGUGAAUUAGAACAUUUACGUACUGCUCAAAAAGUUACAGUAAUUCGAAGAACUAAUGAAGAUAAAUUUAUGCAAACUGUCGAUGAUAUUCAGAAUAGUGAUUCUUCUCAAAUCGAUGAUAGCAAAUCAAGCAGCAUUAAUCAUGAAACCAUUGUUCAAAUGAAUGAUCAUACAGACCAGACAGAAUCGGAUCAAUUUAUUAUUGAGUCUGGUGAAUACAAAUUACUACAAAACCAAAUUGAUCAUUACAAAUCAGCAUUGGAUGCCACUGAAUCAAUGCUAUCUAAAUUACAAACUUCCGUGGAUGAAGAAGAAGCACGUUGGCACAAAGCAUUGGAUGCUGCAAAUAUUGAAAAUGAAUUGUUAAAAACGAAAUCAAUCAAACUCGAAGCUGCUUUGAAUGAAUUAAUAGAAGAUCGUAAUACUUUGACAAUGACUAUUGAAGAGCUUCGUAAGAACAGCCAGUUUAAUGAUUGUAAUCUGGUUGCAACUUCGACUGAUAAUUCUCUGACGACAACUAUCAGUACAGAAAAGAAGUUGAACAAGUCGUCAUCCACUUCACCAUCACCUUCAUCUCCAUUAUCAACAACAGCGACAACAACUGAUUAUACUGAUGAACAAAACAUGUCCAAAUCCGAAUUAAUACGCUUAGUUGCUAAAUUGCGUAGUCUUGUUGAAGUGGAACGUAAUGCCUUAAAACAAGAACAAUCAUUAUCAGCUGAGUUAAGAACAAAAUUAAACGAUGCUGACUCACACGAUGUUCAGAAUUGUAAUUAUUCAAAUAAUAAUAGUUCAGACGAGAACACGUGUUUGAUCAAUAGUCGUACAGAAACUACAGAUAAUGCCACAAAUCAUAAUAAUACUGGUGAUGAUCAUUAUACCAAUAUGAAAACUAAUUCUCUGCAUAAUCAUUCAAAAGAUGGUAUACUAGAAACUGAUGAUGUCAAGUCUGAACAUCUGAACAAUUGCUUUGAUGUAAAAUCAAAAGUUCCAGAUUGUAUUCCUCCGCAUGAAAUAUCGUCAAAUGACAAUGGUUACAUUCUUCUAUCCAACGGUAUACAUAAGGAGUUAAAUGGCCAACCUAAUCAUGAUCAAAUUGAUAGUAAUAAUGUUGAUGAUAAUAAUUAAUAUGAAACUGCAAUACAAAUGUUCUUUUCUGUCCCUUCAUUUUUGAAAUUCUCUUUUUGUUGCUUUCUUUAUUGUGUUAAUUUUACUUACAAUCUUCUUUCAACUGAUGUUUUGAAAAUUUGCAGUCAGGUAGAAAAAAAAAAGCAAACAAAUGAGAACCGAAAUGAAUAAUUUUUUAUCAUUUUAUCCAUCUUCUCAUCUCCUUAAUGAUUUGUCAUAUAUUUGAUAAUUUGGGAUUUGUUGUAAUAUUUGUUACUGGGUUUAUAUUCUAUGUCUGUGUGUGUGUGUGGACAGUGUUUGUGAAAAGUGCGUGCAAUGCUUUAGGUGCACCUGGUGAUUACUGCCACUUGUGAAACUAGUUAUAUUUAUAAUUUAUUAAAACAAUACUUGAUAUUGAAUUGUACUCUUUCUCUUUUUUUUCUUCUGAGUAAAGUGAAAUCAAAGAGAACAUAUCUAGUAUUGCAUAGGUGAAUUUAGUCUACAAAAAAGUUACUUUAUACUUUUGGUAUAUUUUUUCUGUUGCUGUAAAUAAUUUUGGUUUUUGCAAUCUGUUGAUAUUUUAUUGAAGUAUGCUCAUUCAGAAUUCCUUUUGGUUGUUUAUAUUCAUUAUAUAACCUUUAUGCACAUGGUAAAUUGAAACGUUUAAGUAGUUUUAUUUUCGAACAAAUUAUAAGUCAGUUUCACAUACUGAUUGAAAAUAUAAUGCAUUCUAUUAAUAAUCUCUUCAAAAGUGCCUUGAGUUUUUUUUUUACAAAAAAGUUUAAAAAAAAAGUAUCUACUACUUCACACGUUUGUUAUAUGAGAGAUGUAACGGGAUGUUUAAAACGACUUUCCUACUGUAAUACUACUGGUCCAAAAUGCUUAUUGUUUUCUACUGUGGUUAUUUCUAUAGUACUGAUGAUUAGUUGUAAUUCAUUAGGUGAUCAGACACAUUAUCCUUGUUGUAUUCUUGUUUUUCUUUAUUUUUCUUUAAACACACAUAUUCUCAUUCGUUUUUUUUUAUAAAAAAAAACACAGUGAUUAUCUGUUUUCCACUAAUGGAUACGGAAAGUAAUUGGAACCGAUUUAUCUGAGAACUUCAUCACUUUUCUUCCUGUCUUCAUUUGUUUUUACAUAAAAUUACUUGUGGAUAGGUUUAGACACGCAUCACUUUUUUUCUUCCACUUUGUCUUUUCAAAUCGUUACAUUCGUUUCCCCGUACAUUUUUACAUCUAAUUGAACAUUGAUGAAUUGUAUGUGUUAUAACUGAAAAGGUUAAUCAUAAUUCAAUUAAAAUUUGUGCUAUAGUUUAGUAAGGACUGAAAAAUUCAAAUGUGAUGUAUGCUUCUCUUUAUAUUUCUUCAAUUUCUUUUUCGUACUAUAUAUUUGUGAAAUUAUGUAAUAAAUUUGUUUCUUUUACAGAAUAAAUAAUUUGUUAUUUCAA